GCGCGCCUUGACGUCAGAAUUCUCAGAAUGUCAUCGCCAAGAAAUAGGUCGAUCACGACCGUCUUGAAUCGUCUUGAUCGCAUACGAGAUCUCUGCGAAUAUACCCAGCACCUUUAUCGAAUCUCUACCAAACGAACAUAUACAACCUUCCAAAAAUGCCCGCCGCUGGAAUCCCCGUUUCGACCAACAUGGUCGAGUCCGCCGUCAUCAAGGCCCCCUUGACCGACGUCUGGCACUUGAUCAAGCUCCCCUCGUUCUCUCAAUGGUGGUCCGCCCUCGAAAAGUCCGAGGUCGUCAAGGGAACCUCUGACGAGACUGACAUCUACCGAUUCACCUUCAAGGACGGAACCAUCCAGGAGGUCAAGCAGGAGGAGCACAGCUCGCUCGAGUACUUUAUCACCUUCUCGAUCAUCUCCUCCGAGCCUGCCCUCUCCUACACCUCGUCUUUGAGCACCAUCCGUCUCUUCCCCGUCACUUCCGGUGCCGAGCAGGGUUCCACCUUUGUUCAGUGGACUGGAUCUUUCAGCGGUGAUGCUGACGCUGGUGUCUUGGCUGACGCCAAGUACAAGAGGACCGAAGGUUUGAAGGACCUGGCCGCUGCCGUCUCUAAGAAGUAGAUAGCAGACAUUCAAUAAGAGAAAACCGAUGGUCUGCGGACUGGCGCUGUCAAGUUUUUUAUGAUCCAAUCAAUAAUACGACCCGACGCAACAUGCCCGGCGUUUUUCCAAGGUUCUUAGCCAUGUUUAGCCAGACGGUUGGCAUACGUUCUACCAUAGGAGCAAUGGGAGAAUGAGAAGAAUGACAGGGAAGAGAAGGAGGUCUUUGAGAGGCAGAUGCGACGGAUCCAACCCUACAAGAUAUACCGCAAGGCGGGGUACAUUACUGCGAAGGCUAGGAACGCAGCGGGCAUGCCGCUCAAUGACUAGGCCUUUAGGAUGCAGAGACCAACAAUUUGAACCACUGGUCCGUUUUGUAUUCUUCUUGCUUCUUCAAUCAUCAUUUCUCAAAAUUGAAAUCUUUGUUCUCGUCGCGCCUCUCACAGCUCGUCUCGUAUAUACGCGAUA